GAGCGAGCCCGCUCUUCGACAUCUUCGCCGCUCGAAACUGCCACCCAUCGACCGAGCGCGGCAAAGCGCAUCGCGGCUCCCGCCCCUGUAUGCGCGAGAUGCAAGGACCAAGGACAAGGUACUUCCGAAGCUCCUCGCCAAGCUCGUGGGAGGUUUCCAGGAGGCUCCCGGAAAAGCUCGUCCCGAGGCUUCCGAGCGGCCUGAGCAUCAGAGCCCGCCGAAGUGGCACAGAAGCCUCGACAGAAGGGCAACAACCACCCGGAUAGUCUCCGGAGAGCUUUCGGGGGCGAAGGCGCUGGUGGCCCUAUCGACUGUGACCCUGCAGAAGACAACAUCUCAGCCGAGCCAAGAGAAGCCUCCGAGCUCCGCGCCGGCGCGGGUCGUUUCCCUGGAGCGCUUGGCGGCCCUGGCAGUUCCAAAGCGGCGCAAAAGCAAAAGCGAUGAGGAAGCAGCUCAGUCCUCGACAGAAGGGGCCGUGAGAAAGCCCGGCGACCGACCGGUACGCAAGGCGAAAGAGGCCUCCGGCAAGGAGGCGAGAGCCGAGCUGCCUCCUGCUUCUGCAAAGCCGACACCCACACCUGCGAGGAAUCGGGCGCCAGCCAGACACAGCGAUGGCGAAAACAUCGGGCCUACCACGGACAAAGGCAGGGGCCCAUACCCCAGCCAGCGCGCUGGGAGCGAGCGCAGCAGCCAGAAAUCCCCCACCCCCAAACCCAAAGCCGCCCAGCCCCAGAAGCAGAAGGAGAAAAUGUCCUCGACUUCGGUCGCAUCUUCUCUGCAGCCCAAUUCUUCCAUCCCCGAAGAUGGCCCACAGAGCCACAGUCCCUUGCAGCCGCUUGGUCUGGGAGGGGUCCAGACCUCGACUUCAAACACGAGCUUUGUGGCCGCCAACCAGCCCGUGGCGACUGAGACGCCUCCACCGGGGCCCAAGGUGGAAGAGACUGGGGCAGACGUCUCCGCUGAGGGCGAGGAUGAAUUGGAGCUCUCCUACACGGAUGAGUUUGAUGCGGAGGAGGAGGUCGGCUCGUCUGAAACGCCCGAAGUGGAGGCGAACGAGGCCAGCAAUGUGAUGCCCAAGGGCACGCAGGAGCCAGGCCAUGGCUUCCACAAGCCUGGCACGCCCGACGACGACAAUUACUCGCAGGCAGCCAACAGCACCGUGAGCCUUGCUCCGGAUGCCGAUGGCGCCGUGGAUGAGACUUCGGUCGGGUCUCGGGGAGAAGGAACGGCUGGAACGGCAGAAUCGAACCUUCAACAGGACGAAGAGGAGGCCUACAACUACGACUCGGACUUCGAGGAGACCUUGCCAAAGCCGCAGCCCACAGCGACGGAGCCGGACCAGCCUGCAGCCGCCGAAGCGGAGGCCAAUCAGAGCUCUAGUGCUGCUGCCUACCGGGAAUCCCCGCAUGAAGGCAUUGGCCCGGUCGUCCACAACGACCUCCCAAAGGACGAGGAUGAUGACGAGGUUGAGUUCGAUGAAGACUUCGAGGAUGAGGCCGUCUGUAUUCAGCUCGCCUCGGCACCGGGUAAGCAAGUAUAUGGAGCAGUGGAACUCACCCCUGCAGAGAUCACAAGCUUGGACAUCAUCUCGAGCUCUGCGAAGAGGCUGGACUGGUAUGCUGCCAGGUUCAAGUACGGUGCCGAAGUGUACGCUGACAUGUGCGACGCCGGCACACAGCGAACUGCCAUUACGUACACAACAGCCGUCCGGCUCUUUACGCAAUUGAAGAACCAUGCGAAGGCUCUCUCUUUAUGGGAGGAUGCCAAGAACAGUACAUUGUCGACAUGGACGCCAAAGCAGAAGUAUUUAUUUUUGAACGAAAUGGUAAAUGAUGCAGCAACUGCCGCUAACCUAACGCGAGUUACUAUGUUUCUUGAUGAGAUUUUGCAGGAGGGCAUGGAUAUCGAUGCCGGGACCUGGGGUGCUGCUUUGAAUGGCUGCAAGCUGGCUGCGAAGCCCAAGGUCGCCGAGUAUUUUUUGGAGCUAAUGGCACAAGGAAACAUAUCGAUCAACGAGGUUCAUUUCAGAUGUGUGAUAGCGGCCUAUGCUGGCAGGCCAUGGCAGAAAGUAAACGAGAUGGCUUCGAGGGCGGCGCAAGUGGGCAUCGACACCCUAGACAGAUUCUUCGUGGACGUUCAUGUAGCAUCACUGCUUGGAGACCUCUCGCGGACAUCGAGGGUCAAAAGCCAAGCACAAGCUCAACAGCUGGUCGAUGAAGCAAAGCCGGAGCAUCGAUGCGCCGCGCUGGAUGUGAUUUCCCGGGCCAAAGCUCAAGGUACCAACUUGCUCAGACUGUCGAGCAGGGUAUAUCGCGCUUUGCAG